CGCGGCGCGGCCCGCCAUUGUCGGGGGCAUGGAGGGCGAGAGCACGUCAGCUCUGCUCUCGGGCUUCGUCUUCGGCGCCCUCGCCUUCCAGCACCUCAGCACUGACUCGGACACGGAAGGCUUUCUCCUUGGAGAUGUGAAAGGUGAGGCCAAGAACAGCAUCACCGACUCACAGAUGGACGAUGUGGAAGUGGUUUAUACAAUCGAUAUACAAAAGCAUAUUCCAUGCUACCAGCUGUUCAGCUUUUAUAAUUCUGCAGGAGAACUGAAUGAACCAGCCCUGAGGAAAAUACUGUCAGGCUGUAAGAAGAGUGUAAUAGGAUGGUACAAAUUCAGACGCAAUACAGACCAGGUCAUGACAUUCCGGGAAAGACUUCUACAUAAGAACUUGCAGUCACACCUAUCAAACCAAGGCCUUGUAUUCCUUCUCUUAACUUCUAGUGUGAUGACAGAAAGCUGUUCAACUUAUAGGCUAGAACAUGCCUUACACCGGCCACAAGAAGGUCUCUUUCAGAAAGUUCCUCUAGUCGUUACCAACUUGGGUAUGGCAGAACAGCAAGGUUACAGAACAGUUUCUGGUUCCUGCGCAUCUUCUCGCUUUGUGAGAGCAGUAAGACAACACAGGUCAGAAUUCUUUUAUGAAGAUGGAUCCUUACAAGAGGUUCACAAGAUAAAUGAGAUGUAUGCCACCUUGCAGGAGGAGCUGAAGAAAAUAUGCUCUGAUGUAGAAGUCAGUGAACGAUCUGUAGAGAAACUCCUAACAGAGGUGAGCCACUUAAAAGAAGAAAUCAAUAGAAAAAAGCAACACAAGAUCUCUUCAGGAGGGAACAAAGAUCACCUAGAAGAACCAAAGGAGAAUGUUUUGCUUUGUCAGGCACUGAAAACAUUUUUCCCCAAUUCUGGACUUCAGACAUGUAUUGUUUCCUUCGAAGGAAGGAUCUCUAAGAACUGUUGUAAGAUUGACCAUAACAUUAACAUCAUGGACAAAUUGACUCUCAUGGUAGAGGAAGGGGACUUCACUGAAGCUGAAACAAAACCAGUAACCAAGCGUAAAGUCAAAGACACCACAACAGGACCAAAAUCAUUUAAGAAAUUAAGAUCACUGCAACUUGACCAAGAAUUACACCAAGAUGAAGACAACAGCAACCAAGAAACAAAGCUUGCACUGAGUAGCACUGAAACAGACGAGGAAGCAUUGGAAAAUCCCAAAGAUACAAAUGAAUAUUCAUACUCUCCCACUUUCUGAUCACUUAAUGAUUUGCCCAGAUGUAUUUGUGCAAAAAGCAAUUGCCAGCAUAUUAAAGUGACAUAAAUUACUGCACUAGUGGGAUGGAAA